UCGUUCAUCAAUAAGAAAAUAAUUGUCUUGAGAAAAAUUUCCCAGGACACGUUUGCGUCAUGCUUUCAAUGUAAAAAGAUGAGAACAUCAAUAAAUAUAACGUUAUGAAUUAGUUAAUCAUGCCAAAUAUCAUUGCUGAUAGUUUUUUCUUUUUUUUUGUUGCUACAUAAGUAAUUAUUUAUUGUCUUGAAUAAGGGUCGUUUCGAUUCUACAGUGAAAUCACUAUGACCGCGAUCUAGUAACUAUUAUAAGAUACUCAUCGGUUCCAUUCUCACUGGUUGUUCGGAAACAAUAAAAUAAUAAAUACAUCUUGGAGAAUUUGAAAGGGCAAAGGUGCCGAUAUUAUUAAGUGACAAUUACGGAUGUCCUUUUGUAAAUAGUGAGCUUGUACAUUUUAGUAGAGAUACAUUUUAAGUAGACUAGAGGAUAGUGGACUUUUCUAUUACUGAAAGGACACAUUUGGCUGGAACUAUCCGAUCUUCAGGGAGAUCUUGCGACUAACGGUAAUUUUGGUAUAAUAGAUAACUAGGCACUUCUUCGGGAUAUAAGAAUGGAGGAAAAAAGGAGUACUGGUGUAAGAGGGGUUGAAGAGCCAGAGGAAGCAGAGAAUAUUAUUAUAAAUGAGGUAGAUGGUCUACCUAAUGUACAUCCAAAUUAUCAGCAAUUGGAAUUGGAAUUUGAAGAAAAAGAGGACCGUGGGGAUGCAAGUUCAAGAACACUAGACGAGUUAGUUCAUGAUGAAGAUCUUCCUACUUCAGUAAUUGUCACCAAUGUUGACCCACGUGUCUUCAAAAGUGAUGAACUAAAGAGUGGCAUAGAAACACUAUUUAAACAAUUUGGACAGGAUGCUACGUUUCAAUAUUUUAGAUCAUUCAGGCGUAUGAGGGUAAAUUAUAGUUCUCCAAGUGCUGCUGCACAUGCCAGAAUACAUUUACAUCAAGUUCACUAUGGAGAAACAGAUAUCAACUGUUACUUUGCACAACCUGUGACACCAAUAGAUAUGGAAGAUCGGCAUCUGCAACCACCAGCCCCCACCAAACAGUUCCUAAUUUCACCUCCAGCAUCCCCACCAAUAGGCUGGGAACCCAGAGAGGAAGGUGAACCUCUUGUCAAUCAUGAUUUACUAGCAGCAAUAGCAAACUUGUCACCAGGUGGUAGUCACGAGUUGCAUCCAGGAGGUUCCGGUCAGCCAGGCAUAGUGGUCCACGUAUGCGAAACGACGAAUCCAAUGCAAAAUGCUCCUCGUAUCCAACACACGCGCUGUCCGGAUCAUUAAUUUAGCUCCUGUUGUCUCUUCCUAUAUCGUUCAAAUAAUAAAAAUGGCAAUUACUUUGCCCAAUCCAUCCAGAACACGACAAAAGUCGUAUAGAGCUCGUGAAGAAUAUGUAAUAAGAGAGCAUUUUGAUAAUUCGAAUAAUUCUAUUGCCAAGCCAUAUUUUGUAAGUUUUAAUUAUGGUGUCAAAAUAAAAGGUUCAGAAACCGAGUUCGAAUAAUGGAAUAUUGCUGCUCAAAAAGCCGAGGAUUUAACUAAUCGUUAAAAAAAAUUCGAAAUCUCAUACGAUUGAUUGAUUAAUCUUACAGCCACUAUCUCGUUCGUUAUAAAUAAAAAAAAACGAGUCUUUUUCUCUACUUUCCAAGAUAGUCACAUUUAGUUUAUAAAACUUGAACUAAAUGAUGCGUAGUUGUUACAUGAGAAGGGGUACAUGUCGAUUAAUGAUCCUCUGGUAUAUCUAAUAGAUUCUGAAAUGAGUUUAGCAAAUGUCUUAUUAUUAAAUUAUCACAAUCAAUGUGAUAUACAUCAACUUUUUUUUUCUUCUCACGCUUUCCACGGCGCCUAUAGAUAAGCGCAGUAAAAUGCAAAUUACGUGAUAUAAACGAAGAAGAGAAAAAAGAACAUUAAUUAUGGUUUAUAAUUAUAAAGGAAUUUAGUCGUUCAUUACUCAUUGAAAAAAUAAUUUAUAAUCACUCAUUAGGGAACACAGUCGAAUACGCCGUAUAACAAAAUAUGGCUUUGCACUUGUCUCUUACGAUCCUUUACAACGAUGACGAUUUUCACCUGUAGAAUGUUGACAUGGAAACUCAUAUUCUUUCUUAAAAAGGAUAAAGACUCGCGACCCUGUAUCUUUAUUGUUGAAUAAAGUAGAUCAAAAAUUCGAACACGUUGCAAAGGGGAAGAAGAAAAAUAACACUUGUACGUAAUAAGAAUCGAAACAAAGAUAUGGCAAGACUUAAUGCUUUAUGCAGAAUUGUAUUACACGUAACUUAUAUUUGAAAGGAAUUGUGAAAAUUAUUAAAAUAAUUUAUUAAAAAAGGAAAGAAUGAAACCGAUGUACGUACCACGUUCUACAAAUUAUCACGCAAAAUAUAUCGCAACGGAGUUUAACUUACAAAUUACAUCUUCAUAUCGUGAGUGUGCUAUUUAUCCGUACGGAUAAUAUAUGUACUAAAGGCAUAGGGAUGUUGAAGGGGGAAAAAACAUUGAAAAAUAUGAUUAAAGUAAUGAAAAUCUCCGUCAAACUAUUUUUCUUGGUAUUCGACGUAUCGUUAAUAAGACAUGUUAACAUUUUAAUGUCGAAAUGCGUGUGUGAAUGUGGUAUUAGUUAUAUAACUUUCUCGUGUGUAUAUAUAUAUACGUAUAUACAUACCUAUAAUAUAGAUGUACAUAUAUUUAUAUACACAUAUAUAUUAUAUAUAUAUACAUAAGUAUACAUCGCGUUCCCUUUUUCUGCAAAAAAUAUAAAUACUUCAAUCGUUAACGAUUAUUAAGUUGUACUUAUUAAAAUCUUUAAGGAUCCCGUCAAAUGGAUUGUUGUUAUAAGGAAUUAUUUUAAAAUAGCCUCUUGUCAUUUAACAUUGAAUUGAUAAGAAUAAAGUUCAUAAAAAUCA